AUGGACGCGGGGUCGGGCGCCGGCCCCCGCCCGGGUCGCGACCGCCUCGAUGUGCCGUCCUCCGGUGCGCGGGCUCCGGUGACGCCCUGGGCGCGCUUCUCGGCCUGGCUGGAGUGCGUGUGCGUGGUCACCUUCGACCUGGAGCUGGGCCAGGCGCUGGAGCUGGUGUACCCCAGCGACUUCCGGCUCACAGACAAGGAGAAAAACAGCAUCUGCUACCUGUCCUUUCCUGACUCCCACUCAGGCUGCCUUGGAGACACCCAGUUCAGCUUCCGAAUUCGCCAGUGUGGAGGGCAGAGGAGCCCCCGGACCACCGACGACAGGCUCUACAACAGCGAGGCUCCCCUGUCCCUGCAGAAGGAGUCAGCACACUACUUUGGCUACGUGUACUUCAGGCAGGUGAAGGACAGCUCUGUGAAGAGGGGCUACUUCCAGAAGUCUCUGGUGCUGGUGUCCCGCCUGCCCUUCGUCCGGCUGUUCCAGGUGCUGCUGAGCCUGAUCGCCCCCGAGUACUUUGACAAGCUAGCGCCCUGCCUAGAAGCAGUGUGCAAUGAGAUUGACCAGUGGCCGGCCCCAGUACCUGGGCAGACCCUGAACCUGCCUGUCGUGGGAGUCAUCCUCCAGGUGCACGUCCCAUCCAGGGUGGACAAGCCUGAAUCCAGUCCUCUGAAGCAGUGUGGCCAAGAGAACCUGCUGCCCACCCCGCUGGUCCUCACCAGUGUCCAUGAGCUGGACCUGUUCAGGAGCUUGCAGCCUGUGCUGACCCACGUUCAGACACUGUGGGAGCUCAUGCUCCUCGGGGAGCCCCUGGUGGUGUUGGCGCCCUCGCCCACGGUGUCCUCAGAGAUGGUGCUGGCCCUGACCAGCUGCCUGCAGCCCCUCCAGUUCUGCUGCGACUAUCGCCCCUACUUCACCAUCCAUGACAGCGAGUUCAAGGAGUUCACGACGCGCACUCAGGCCCCACCAAACGUGGUCCUGGGGGUCACAAACCCUUUCUUUAUCAAAACACUCCAGCACUGGCCCCACAUCCUCCGUGUGGGGGAGCCCAAGAUGUCAGGGGGCCUGCCUAAACAGGUCAAGCUGAAAAAACCCUCCAGGCUGAAGACCCUGGACACCAAACCAGGCCUCUACACCGCAUACGCUGCGCACCUCCGCCGCGACAAGGCCCUGCUCAAGCGGCUGCUCAGGGGCCUGCAGAAGAAGCGGCCGGCAGGGCUGCUGACCGCGCUGCUGCGGCGGCACCUCCUGGAGCUCACGCAGAGCUUCUUCAUCCCCCUGGAGCACUACAUGGCCAGCCUCAUGCCCCUGCAGAAGAGCCUCUCGCCCUGGAAGACCCCUCCCCAGAUCCGCCCCUUCCGCCAAGAUGACUUCCUGUGCAGCCUGGAGCAGGCUGGGCCCCAGCUCACCUGCACCCUCAAGGGCGACUGGCUGGGCCUCUAUAGGCGGUUUUUCAAGUCCCCCCACUUUGAUGGCUGGUAUCGGCAGCGGCGCAAAGAGAUGGCCCAUAAACUGGAGGCCCUGCACCUGGAGGCCAUCUGUGAAGCGAACAUCGAGACCUGGAUGGAGGGCAAAUCCGAGGUGGAGGUCGUGGACCUGGUCCAGAAACUUCGGGAGAAGCUGGUGCGGGCACAGGGCCACCAACUCCCUGUGAAGGAGGAGACGCUGCAGCAGGCCCAGCUGUAUAUCGAGACAGUCAUCGGCUCCCUGCCCAAGGACCUGCAGGCCGUCCUGUGCCCUCCCUAGGACAGGGCUGAAGGGCGUGGUCCAAGGGCCUUCAUGCCACUGGGAACCUUGGUCUGGCCAAGCUCCCUUCUCUCCAGUGAGGGGCAGCCCCAGUCAAGCAUGAGCUCUCUGACCCAGGCUCCCUGCUGUUCCCUGUCUUGGCCCCCUGCCCAGCACCUCUAUUGUCCCAGCAGUAAAGGUGGCAUUUGGAACCUCAGCCUAGCCCUGACUGUUGAUUAAUCACGUAUUGGCCAGGGCCUCACC